CCGCCCCGCACAAACCAGACGAACCUGCCGCCACUGGGUCCCGCCCUCUUCAACGCAUCCUCCCGCGUCGCGAUCAACGGCAGCAUCGACGACGUCUGGGCGGCGAUCCUCGACUUCCCCUCCUACCCCAACUGGAACCCAUUCGUCCGCUCCGCCGUGCUCACCGACGAGGCCUUCAUCCCGCUCCCCGCCUCCGAGCAAACCUUCGCCGCGAACAGGCACGUCAUCUUCCAAGUACAGAUCCCACCUCUGCCGCUCCCCGUCUCCGCCAGCACCCCUGCGAACCUGCUGCACUCCCAAGUAUCCUUCGAGAACAUAACCGCGCUC